AUGCCUCCGACUGCUCCUGAACGUCAUCAUACUGCCGUCGUUUCUCAUCGGAAUUUCAAAUUGUUCCACGCGAAAACUGUACAGUAAUCAUAUUACUACCUAAAAUUAUCAAUUUUCCCCAUUUUCUCUCGCAAAAUUGGGCGAAAACCUAAAAUUCUCUUAUUUUUUUUGCACCUGUCCCCAAAAUAAAAUUGAAAAUCGAUUUUUGCAGGGUAAUCCGCCGAAAAUGUCAUUUUUCCACUUUAUCAAUUGUUUUGCACUAUCAUUUGCGCCCUAUUUUAUCGCCUACAAGUAUUCCGGUAAGCCAAAUCCUAAAAGUUUAGGAUUUUCUGAGAAAAUCGUAAAAACUUCGGAUUUUUGCAGGAAUCAACGAAUAUAGCUCAAUUUGGAAGUGUGCCAAUGCCAGCGGCGGUUAUUUACUGACCCAACUGGUCAAACUUCUUCUCCUCGCCACCUUCUUCCCCGCUCUCGACGGAGAGGGCUUCAGCAUCUUGCCGGUCAGCGAAAAUUGCGUAAAAAUCAUGAAAACCACUGAAAAACUUUCAAAAACUUUCAAAAACCAACAAAUUCACAAUAAAGGUUGAUAAAACUUCGAUUGGUCCGAAAAUACUUUUUAAAAAUUUAGGAAAAAGCAAGUUUCCCUCCUAAAAAGUUUAAAAUUUGUAUAUUUCAGGAGUUCCUAAAAAGCUGUGCUGACAUCGUGGACGUGAUCGGACUGCACCUUCUAAUGACGAACUUUCUGGCGGGCAAGGGCGAGGUCCGAUUCGUGGUUGGCGGCCUCGGCUGGGGAUUCGCCCAUUCGGUCGCACACCGGCUCGUGCUGCUGUGGGUCGGCGCCCGCGGAAGUGCUUUCACGUGGCGCUGGGUGCAGACCUCCCUCGACUCCUCCUCCGAUCUCCUUCUGAUCGUCUCGCUCGCCUGUCUCACGUGGAUGAUCACCCGCUCCCCGAAUAAGGCCAUCGUCGUUCCCGUACUCGCCAUGGCCGUCUUCUCCACUUUCGUCUAUCAGUUAGUUUCUCGUUCUAUAGACAUUUUCUUGCAUGAAAAAGAAGCGCAUAGAAUUAUAACAUUCCUUUUUCAGAACGGUGGCGCACACGUUCUCGCUGUACGGCUGGUCGCUGCUGGCGUUCCGGGCGGUCUACUCGGCCGCCACCGCCUUCCUCACCGUCAUUGUCUAUUCGGCGAAUCGGACGUCUUCGGGAAGAAAGAACGACUAG